GGGGCGGCACAAUUCAAAACUCAAGACGUUAGCUUCUUGCCGUGACGGGAUGAAACUGUUGUUUAUCAAGUAGUCAUAAUAAUUUGAAAUAUUUGACUAGGAACCACAGGAAGGUCAAAAUGGAGCCCUUGGACCCUGGCAAGAAUGAUGAAAACACCGGAUUCUCCAAUAGACACAUUUUUUCUAUAUUAAAAGCACCGCGGAAGUCAAUACGAUUUCCGGAUUCAGAGCAACAGGAAAACCAGGUGGAGAGUGCCAAACCAGUGGAAAGAAGGAAUUCCAGAAGAGUCAGCUUUGCCCCAGCCAAUGAUGUUCUUCUUUUUUCCAAUGAUGUGAAAAAGUCCUCUUCUGGCAGAAGUCCAUUACAAGAACUAAUGACAACAGUCCCAACACAAAAUAGGGUCCAGGUGACAAGUGAAGAUGAAAUUCAACAAAUUAUGGGAAUGGAAACCCUGUUGAAUGCACCACUUCAUGGCUCUGAUCAAAAAGAAAAGGCCAACUCGGACACAGGCUUUGGGGAGAAAACCAUGAUUUAUUGUGAUGAUGAUGGAUUUUUGGACCUGACCCAGUCACACACUAUCAACAUUGCCUUUUGUGAAGACGAUCUAUUCGGUGCUCCACAGAAGACUGGUUCCAACUUCCUUUCGAGUGGAAAGAGUACAGCAGAUUGUGUAUCCUCAGAUAUUAACCCAAGGCAUACAUUCAACAUGGCCAGAGGGUUUGAAUUUCCACCUGAUGGCAGAAACACAGGUUUCAGUCAAUCAGUGCCAAGCUGUGGUCCUUCUUUGACCCACUCUCUGCCAAGUCUUUCAAAACCAACUGCAUUGAAGAUGAAACCUUCUAAUGCUACCGUUAACCCAAGCCUCUCCCAGACCAAAACCCAAAAGGCCAAUGUGGAUAAAGAAAAUCACGUUCCGUCUUUCUUUAGAAAUGCCGGGAAUGUUAGAGAAUCAUCCUGUGGCAGCACACUCUGUCAAGAUGAAGACGUUAAUAUGGAUGUGACACACACUGGCAGAGUUACAGGAUUGACCGCUGACGACGAUGACGAUCCUUUUCAGGGUCUAUUUCCCACAAAAGAAAUGUACUCUCAGUCUGAUAGAGGUUCACAACAAUCACAGAACCAAGAGAACCCACAGAAGCAAGCCACUGCGACACCAAAGGCAUCAGAAGACAGGUACGUUUUCUGUACAUCUCACAUUGGCUUUUCAUUUACAUUAGUCGAUAUUGUCGAGCAGCUAGGAAUAACUGUGUGCCAGAGGGUGAAAGCUGAAGAAGAUUGCAGAGAGAAAACUGUGAGGUUCACGGCAGAGGACAUGUGCAUGGACAUAACUAAGAGUAACACCGGUAAAAUCACAACAGAUCUGUCAGAUCCUCCAAAUUUGGCCAUUUUUGGCAGCAACAGAAAAGCGGUUUCUUCUAUGGAAAAGAGACACAGAGAUACUAUUGGAAUGUCAUCAUGUGCAAUGAAUUUAAACCCUGGAUUACAAAACGUUCUAAGAACCUCAAAACCCAAAGACAUCAGCAUUAAUGCAAGAUAUUCUGGAUUGGCGUACCCUUUGUUGACAAAGGCACCAUCUACUAGAGAUCUAGACUUUCCUGAAGAUGAACUGAGCAUGGAUAUGACAGAAGUUCAAACAGGCCUCAUCAUAGAGAGCACAGGCAAUGUUGACCCAAUCAAUUGUCUCAGACUUGCACAAGAAAUGCACUCCAACAGUGGACAAACCGCAACCCAGCAGUUGUGUACUGAUAAGCGGAAGUCAUCUUGUAACACAGCAAAGGAAACAUCAUUGAAUGCCCCUUUAAGACAUCAGGCUAGUUGUGAUACUCAAGAGGACUGCAGAGAGAAAACAAUAAAAUUUACAGCUGACGGCGAAGUCAUGCACGUGACAAAAAGUCACACUGUAAACAUGGCCUGUUUUCUCCCAAUGCAGUCACACAAAAGUCUACCUACAAAUAAGGAGCGGACGAUCAGGUUUAGUGUAAAUGACGCAGAUAUGGAUGUGACACAAAGUCACACUGCAAACAUUGCUCUUGUGGAGCCGGAAGAAUACCAUUAUGUUGACUUGUUACCUGCUGGAGAAGACAAAACAAUUGAUGCCGCUUUACAGCAAACUCAUAGCCAAACUGCAAACAUCGCUAAUUCUUUGAGGACAGGAGCACACCAUAAUUGUGAUGUAGCAGCUGCUGGAAAAGAUAGAACAUUGAGGUCUACUGCAGAUGAUGCAUCUGUGGAUGUGACACGAUGCCACACUAUAAGAAUUGAUACUCCGUUUGAACCAAGCGCACACAAUGUGGAUGUUUUACCAGCUGCAGGAGAGAAAACAAUGAGGUGUACUGCAAUGAAUGAGACACAAAGCCACACUGCAUACGUUGCUAAUUAUUUGGAGCAAGGAGCACACCAUAAUGUUAACUUUGUACCUGCUGGAAGAGAAACAACCUUGAUGUUUACUGCAGAUGAUGAUGCAAUGGAUGAGACACAAAGCCACACUUCAAAGAUCGGUCAUUUUUUGAAGACAGGAGCACAUCAUAAUUUUGACAUAGUACCUGCUGGAAAAGAUAGAACAGUGAGGUUUACUGCAGAAGAUGCAUCUAUGGAUGUGACACGAUGUCACACUGGAAGAAUUGAUACUCCGUUUGAACCAAGCGCACACAAUGUGGAUGUUUUACCAGCUGCAGGAGAGAAAACAAUGAGGUGUACUGCAAUGGAUGAGACACAAAGCCACACUGCAUACGUUGCUAAUUAUUUGGAGCAAGGAGCACACCAUAAUGUUAACUUUGUACCUGCUGGAAGAGAAACAACCUUGAUGUUUACUGCAGAUGAUGCUGCAAUGGAUGAGACACAAAGCCACACUUCAAAGAUCGGUCAUUUUUUGAAGACAGGAGCACAUCAUAAUUUUGACAUAGUACCUGCUGGAAAAGAUAGAACAGUGAGGUUUACUGCAGAAGAUGCAUCUAUGGAUGUGACACGAUGUCACACUGGAAGAAUUGUUACUCCGUUUGACCCAAGAGCACACAAUGUGGAUAUUUUACCGGCUACAGGAAAAAAAACAAUGAGGUGUACUGCAAUGGAUGCUGCUUUGGAGGAGACACGUAGCCACACUGCAAACAUUGCUACUCAUUUGGAGUCAGGAGCACACCUUGAUACAUUUGUACCUGCUGAAAGAGAGAAAACCUUGACGUUUACUAGAGAUGCUGCUCUAAUGGAUGAGACACAAAGCCACAUUGCAGACGUUGCUAAUUAUUUGAAGACAGGACCACACCAUAAUUGCUACAUAGUACCUUCUGGAAAAGAUAGAACAGUGAGGUUUACUGCAGAUGAUGCAUCUAUGGAUGUGACACGAAGCCACACUGUGAAAAUUGAAACUCCCUUUGAAAAAAGAGCACAAAAUGUGGAUAUUUUAUCGGUGGAAGGAGAGAAAACUAUGAGGUGUACUGCAAUGGAUGCCGCUUUGGAGGUGACACGUUGCCACACUGCAAACAUGGCUACUCAUUUGGAGCCAGGAGCAGACCCUAUUGUUAACUUUCUACCUGCUGGAGGAGAAAAAACUGUAAGGUUUAUUGCAGAUGAUGCGGCUAUGGAUGUAACAAAAUGCCACACCGUACAAAUUGAUACCCCGUUUGAACGAGAAGUACAAAACUUCCUCUGUGUACCUGCUAAAGGAGAGAAGACGUUGAGGUUUACUGCAGAUGAUGCAGCUAUGGAUGUAACAAAAUGCCACACCAUACAAAUUGAUACCCCGUUUGAACGAGAAGUACAAAAUGUCCUCUGUGUACCUGCUAUUGGAGAGAAAACGUUGAGGUUUACUGCAGAUGAUGCAGCUAUGGAUGUUACAAAAUGCCACACCGUACAAAUUGAUACCCCGUUUGAACGAGAAGUACAAAAUGUCCUCUGUGUACCUGCUAAAGGAGAGAAGACGUUGAGGUUUACUGCAGAUGAUGCAGCUAUGGAUGUAACAAAAUGCCACACCAUACAAAUUGAUACCCCGUUUGAACGAGAAGUACAAAAUGUCCUCUGUGUACCUGCUAUUGGAGAGAAAACGUUGAGGUUUACUGCAGAUGAUGCAGCUAUGGAUGUUACAAAAUGCCACACCGUACAAAUUGAUACCCCGUUUGAACGAGAAGUCCAAAAUGUCCUCUGUGUACCUGCUAAAGGAGAGAAAACAUUGAGGUUCACUGCAGAUGAUGCAGCUAUGGAUGUAACAAAAUGCCAUACCGUACAAAUUGAUACCCCGUUUGAACGAGAAGUACAAAAUGUCCUCUGUGUACCUGCUAAAGGAGAGAAGACGUUGAGGUUUACUGCAGAUGAUGCAGCUAUGGAUGUUACAAAAUGCCACACUGUAAAAAUUGAAACUCCGUUUGAACGAGAAGUACAAAAUGUCCUCUGUGUACCUGCUAAAGGAGAGAAGACGUUGAGGUUUACUGCAGAUGACGCAGCUAUGGAUGUAACAAAAUGCCACACUGUAAAAAUUGAAACUCCGUUUGAACUAGAUGUACACAAUGACGACUGUGUACUUGUUGGAGGAGAGAAAACAACCAGGUUGUCUGCAGAUGACGUUUCUUUGGAUGGGACACAAAGCCACACGCACAUUGCUACUCAUUUGGACUCAGGCGCAGACCUUAAUGUUAACUUUGUACCUGCUGGAGCAGACAAACCAUUGAGGUUUACUGCUGAUGAUGCAGCUAUGAAUGUGACAAAAGGCCACACCGUAAAAAUGUAUACUCCUUUUGAACUACAAGCACAUAAUGUCGACUGUGUACCUGUGGUAGAAGAGAAAACUACCAGGUUUUCUGCAGAAAAUAUCUCUUUGGGUGGGACACAAAUCCACACUCCAGACAUCGCUACUUGUUUGAAGCAAGGAGCAAACCUGGAUAACUUUGAACCUGUUGGAAGAGAAAAAACCUUGAUGUUUACUGCAGAUGAUGCAUCUAUGGAUGUGACACGAUGCCACACUUUAAGAAUUAAUACUCCUUUUGAACUAAAAGUAAAAAAUGUCAACUGUGUACCUGUUGGAAAAGAAAAAACAACCAGGUUUUCGGCAGAUGAUGACACUUUGGAUGAGACAAAACGGCAAACUCCAGACAUCGCUGCUCAUUUUGAGCAAAGAGCACACUAUGGUAACUUUGUGCCUGUUGGAGGAGAUAAAACCUUCAGGUUUACUGCAGAUGAUGCUGCUAUGGAUGUGAAAAAAUGCCACACUGUAAAAAUUGAUACUCCUUUUGACCUUGAGGUAAAAAAUGUAGACUUUGUACCUGUUGGAGGAGAAAAAACAACCAGGCUUUCUACAGAUGAUGCUUCUUUGGAUGGGACACAAGGCUACUCGGCAAACAUUGCUUCUACUUUUGAGCCACAAAACAAAACAAAUGUGGAUACUUGGCCAGCGGGAGAAGAGAAAAUCUUGGGGUUCUCUGCAGAUGAUGCUGCUACAGAUGAACAGCAAAGACCCGCCAUAAACACUUCAUAUUCAAAUGAAGAUAGUCCUACGAAGAACAGAGAUGAGAUUAAGCAUCCGCCAAAGAAUGGCUCUUCUCCAGUACUCCCUAUCCAUACAGGAUUGAGAAGGGCUAAUCCCAUUGUCACAAAAGAUGAAUGUCUAUCAGAGUCAUCCUCAAGAAAAACUGGUGACACAGAUCACUUCAUCCUAACUCAGCAUAAAACACCAUGCAUUGUCAAUAAAACCAGAGUUCCAACUCUGUUGGAUAAUUCUGUCAGUGAUGCCAAAAACAUGCAAUGCUCAUUACAAAGAGUAGAGACUGAUGCAAGCAUGGACGUAACUAAGGCUCAAACAGGUUCUAUUGUUGGAGAAAAAUACUCAAAUGGAAAUGAGCAUUCUUCCUCUCAAUUAUCAACACAGGACCCAGAUGGUGGUGUUCAAAAGAUCAGAAGAGCAACUUCACCUCAGCCAAAUCAAGAGUUGGGUCUGAGCAAACAAGAUGCUGUGGAAAUCGCAAAUGUUGCAUAUUCUGUUUACUCAGACGAAACUGACAUUAGGAACGUGUCAGAAUUAGGACAUAUAACCAGUCCUUUGUUGGCAAACUUUAAUUUGGCUAGUGCUGUCGGCCAUGAUAGUACUUCAAAGAAGUCCAGACGGAAAAGUUUCGCUGAUCUCCAAUUAAAAGUGAGGCAUUUGAGCCGUUUGAUUAACAUGACUCCUGAGACUCCAGCCAUGGAAAGCUGCACAGCACCUUUGCCUCAUAUGGACCCAGGGAUUAACACAAAUCCAAAAAACAAUGAUUUGCUUCCUAUAGAAGUACCUGAUGUUAUAGGUGAAAUGGGAAACACUGAGGGUGAAGCACAAGAUCUUCCACUAGAAUAUGCUACUGCGGAAACUCCUUUUAAACUUAAGAAUCUGAUGUCGAGACUUUCAAUGGGAGAUUUCAAGCCAAAACUCCCUCAAAAAAACAGAGUUGAUGAUUCAAAGAAGUCAGACUCCAGCCACAUGAAUUCUGAGAGAAAAAGUGAUCCCACAACCAACAAUAUUGCUAACGAUAUGGGCAACUGGAAAGAUGACGUUAGUGAUAUUUACGAUGAAGAGCUUGGUCGCUGUGAAGAUUUGUUGGGGACAUUGGACACAAGUGGCUCUCCAAAAAUGACAGCAAAUGUGAUCCCUGUUGAAGAAUGUUACAUCAGUCAAAACUUAAGAGAUGACGUUUUUAAAGAAGAAAAUCCAAAUUGUGCCCCUGGAAUAAAAAGACGUUUGCCGUCAGAUGAAGGUCACACGGAGGAGGAGAAGAAAUUGAAGAUGUCCCCUGAGAUGGUUCCUGAGACUGUUAAGAUGACCAUGGAUUCCUCGAGCACUACUCACACAUCCAGCAGCAGAGGCGAAGUUACAUUUAAUUCCACCUUUAAACAGAGCAUGUUUGAAUCCCAGCUCGAAGACUAUUCCAGUGAUGUACAAAGGAAAUUAGAGGAUGGCACCAUAACGGUAUCAGAAUUCUUUAAGCUCUUCAACAUUGACUUUGUGAUCCAUAAACCUCGGCAAAGCAUACUUCGUGGCAGACCUUCGUCCGACACAGAUCGCACUCCAAUAGAUGUGAUGAAAGACAGACUUAUAAAUCGUCCCAAAGAGCGGGUCUAUGAAGCUGACAUCAAGAGCCUGACUGAAAAGGUGGAAGGAUUGAGUUACCGAAUGUGUGACUUGAACAAACCUCUCAAGAUGAUCAAUACAGCAUUAUGGGAAGAGAUGAAAAAUUCUUCAGAAAAGGAGAUCAAAUCGUUUGGCGUAAAAUUAAAAGAGAGAAACAACUACUUCAGAAAGAUGAGCCGAGUCCGGUCACAUGAAAUGAAGGAGGUCCUGUACACCGGUGUUGUGCAGGCUCUAACGGAUGAGCAGCAAAAUUUGAGAAGUUCAGUUGAAAAAUCUGAAGAGACAGUCAAAAUGCUGAAUGACUGCAUUCGUGAUUUGGAAGCGGAACUUGCAGCAAUUGAGGAUAAAGGAACUGACACCAAACCAAGUCUUAAAUCACUCCAGGAAGAAUUGAAGAAAGUCAAUGAGAGUAUGGAUGAGAAUGAGCGGCAAAUAUGUGAUCUGGAGACGCAGAAAAAUCAGGCUUCAAGCAAACUGAAGAGUCUAAAGGCUGACACAAAAAACCUUGAGAGCUCCAUUGCUAUUCUCAAUAUGCUCAACGAAUGGAGAUUGAAAGAGAAGAGAGGCAACUACACAGUCUAUACUUUCCUAAAUGACACAUUGCAUCUACAGUUGGUGUAUAAAGGAAAUGGCACUGCUGAAGAACCCGAGCAGGAAACGUCAGAAAUUAAUUUCACAUUUCUACUUGAUGAUACGAGUUCACAGUGCCACGCCCGCCUUGUUCACAAACUGAUCUCCCAGUACAUUUACGGCCAAACGUUGUGGGUGAAGAAAUACCCAACAAGCAAUCAUGUUCAAAAGCUGCUCUAUGACGUGUCUUUGGUGGUCAGUCACUGUCGUCUCCUUGGAGAGGAAAUCCGUCUGCUUAAAAUGUGGGGAGGUUUACGACUGAAGAUCCUGGACAUCAGUUGUGAGGACACUCGAAUACAUAUUGUUUUCAGCAGUCUGAGGAGAUGUUCCAAGUUUGAAGUUUCCUUUUCCGUCAGCUUGGACAAACACAUCUAUGGUCUUCACGUGCACAGCUUCAGAAACAUCUUUGGGGACGCAACGAUCCAGCAGAUUGUAAGCAUUGUGAAGUCAUUCGUUCCAGCCAGGAAGCUCUUGACAAAGAUUGUGAAGAAGAUUCACGCUGAUCUCCUUUCUUCAGCUGAAUAUGUACAGUCUACAACAGAGGUCUUCAACAAAUAACUCGUGAGGUACCGAGACCUUGCUAGGGGAUUUUGAGUCAUUCACCAAAGGGUCAAACAUUUGCUCAAACUCAGUAUUUUUUAUAAAUGUUUAAUACGGGCAUGAUGCCUUUAUUCAGAUGACAAAUUACCAUAAAAUACAUUUUAAAUGGAGAUUUGUUUCUGAAAUAAAGUGCAGUUUAAAUUUUGCUAGUCUUAUAAAACAAAGUAGCUUAAAUACAUAAAAACUGAAAAUGAAUAUUAUUUUUUAAACAAGUUGUAAGUUGUGGACAUUUUGUUAAUGCUCUGACGAUACAAGCAAAUAUCCCUUUGUUUGGGUUUUAAAUAAAUAUUAAAAUUAAUUUUGCAAAAAUGAAUAGUUCUCGUUCAAUUUUGUUAUGUAAAAGUAGCUCUCAAAAGACAAAAGGUUGGAGACCCCUCGUCUACACUUCUAAAUAUGUUUCUUUCUAAAUUUCUCGCCUAUUUUUUUGGUCACCUCUAGAUUGCGAGCAUGUUCUACUUAAAUAUGCCUAGUUUUGUUUGCAAAAUACCUUCUGGUUAAAAUAUAAUAAUAAUCAUACAUUUUUUAAAAGUGUUUGGGAUGAAAUAUAUUAAACUGUUCAUUAAUAGCUUUUUAUUCAUCUCCAAAUGUUUCUAUGUUUGUAUGUUUAGGAAUGUAAACAUUUGUUGUGUCAGCAAUCCCUUUUAUCAGCAUGUUGAGAUGCAAAGUUAGUGCAUUGUAAAUAACAAUAAAAUUGUACGAAGGAAGACACAA